GCCUCUCUCUCUCUCGUUUUUUUUCUCUCUUUCUCUGUUCUUCUUCUGUAUUCUGUUUGCUGUAUUGAAUCCUCCAUCAAUGGCGGAACGAAUUGAUCAUAAUCACCCCUUGUAUGUACAUCCAUCAGACACUCCUGGAGCUGUUCUCAUUUCUGUUCAGCUGAAAGGAUCUGAAAAUUAUGGCAUAUGGAGAAGGUCAAUGACAAUAGCAUUACAGGCAAAGAGGAAGUUAGGCUUCGUUACAGGUGCUUGCAAGAAGGAUUCAGUACGUGAAGAACAUCAUGAAAACUGGGAGACUUGCAAUGCACUGGUUCUUUCGUGGAUCAUGAAUACAGUCACACCUUCACUUCUUAGUGGAAUUGUAUAUGCUUCGAAUGCUUUUUUAGUAUGGGAAGACUUGAAAGAAAGGUUUGAUAAAGUCAAUCGAAUGAGGAUCUAUCAGUUGCAUAAGGAGAUCAAUUCAAUUAGUCAGGGUACAAGCACUGUGUCUGAGUAUUUUACAAAGCUGAAAGAACUAUGGUCUGAGUUUGAUGCAGUGGUUCCUUCUCCUGAUUGUGGUUGUGUUAGAGGUAAGGAGUAUGUGGCACAUCUUCAACAGCAGCGGUUACUACAGUUUGUAGGAGGUUUAAAUGAUUCUUAUGAUCAAGCUAGGAGACAGAUUCUCAUGAAAUCUUCUGAGCCUUCUUUGAAUCAAGCUUAUGCUCUUGUUAUUGAGGAUGAAUGUCAGAAAGGAUCUAGCAUGAACACUGUGUCUCAAUCGAUUACUGGAGGUAAUGAUAUCACUGCUUUGUGGAGUGCUGGAGGGCCAUCACAAAAUUAUAAGAAAUCACAUAAUGAACACUGGAAUGAGAAGUGUGAAUUUUGCAAAAUUAAAGGUCAUAUCAAGGCAAAUUGUUAUAGACUCAUUGGAUAUCCACCAAAUUACAGAGGUAAGAAGAAAGAAGGUAUUGCAGCAAAUAGUUCUUCUAUGAGUGAGGAUUCAUCUCACAUCAAGGACAAUUAUGAUCAGCAUUUUGGUAUUUCUCAGACUUGGAAUCCAUAUGGUUACAAUGGGAAUAGAAUGCCUCAAUCUCCUUAUGGUUAUAAUCAGAAUGGACAUGGAUAUACUGGUUAUUCUCCACAAUAUGUUCAUGGAGGUCAAGGACAAAUGGGUGAAAGAGGUGGAUCUAUACCUAGUUGUUUUCCUUCAUCUUCAUCACAACAGCAGUCCUCACAUCUUAAAAAGGAUAACCAUCCUGCACCUGAGAUAGCUGCUCAUUCUGCAGGACCUUCAUACUGGGAAGGUGAGGGGGACUGGUAAAAUGGAAGGAGGGCUGUAUUUCUGGGAUCAUAAAGAGAAGGCAUGUUUUACUUCUGCAGCCUCAACAGGAACUCAAGCUGAUCAUGAGC